AUGAAGCUAUCAUUAUUAUUAUCAACAUUCACUGUCAGUUGUACUGCCAUUUCAUCAGUCUCAAGAAUAUGUGAUCCAGGAAGAAUUGCAAGACCAAAUUUCACAGGUUUUAGAUUUGAUUUCCAAACUUCAUUCAAUUCAGAUGUGUCAUACAUUGCUAGAAGUUAUCAUUUGGUUUUAUGUAAAGAAGGACAUCCAAUCUCUGAUAUACGUUAUGAAUUAGAUCCAGCUGAUGCUAAAAUACCAUGGGACAAGACAUUAUGUACCGCAGACCGUGGAAAUUGUUACAAAUUGGCUAGAUCUAAAAAAACAAUGUUGAAAGCUAGACCAUUUAUGUCAACUUUUCCUGGUGAAACUGUUGGUGGAUUGUUUGAAUUAUCAGAUUCUCAAGCAGAAGUUGCUAAAGAUGAAAGUUACCUUCCUGUUUCGCGUUUACUUCAAGAUUCUUUGACUAGUAUGUGGUUUGAAAUCCAUCUGAAUCGUGAUCUCUUCACUGCACAUUUCCCCUUAUUUCAUACAUUCGAUCCUAAUAGUUUUGAACUUGACUCUGAUUUUUUCUUGAGAGGUGCUGACCAAUGGGAAUCUUUUAUUUCUGCUAAUGAAGAUUACAAGUUUGAACCACAAGAUAGAACAUUAAUGGAGAAGGCAAAUGAACAAGUCAAUUCAAAGAUUUCUCAAGUCAUUAAUGAUUCAAAUAAGAAAUUAUCAUCUAUCGUUUCAAGAUUUCAAAAGAAACUUUCAACUAUUGCAAACUCUGUUCUCAAUGUUCAAGAAGUUGUCAAGAAGAGAAAGGCUACAUUGUUUCCAAAAAUUUUCAAAUCAAAAAUUGAAACUUUAUCCAAACUCAAAGGGAAACUCAAUCCUAAUGAAAUUGAUCUUGAUACAAUGAUUGUUUUAUCCAAGGUUUUACCAAAAGAAAAGUUUGAAGAGUUGUUAAAAUCAAUCGAUCAAGUUUAUGCUAAUGUUCCUUUGAAAAAAGAAAUCUUCAAGUACCCAGCUCAAAAGAAAGAUUGA